UAUGGCACAAGAUGUCCGUUUAAGGGAUACGGAUAUUGAAGAGGAUAAUAUCAGCUGGAAUGAUGAUUAUAUCGGUUCCGGUGAUGAGGCUAGUGAAAAACCUAAUAUUACCUAUGAGAAUACUGUUGACGCUGCUUUAGAAGCCUUACACACUAGUUUUAACAACGUAGAAGGACAUUCAUUAUCAACAUCCGGUAUAUCUAGUACCGAACAGGUGGAUAAACAGGUGGAUAUAAAUGACGAACCGCUAGACGUUGAAGAUGACGGUGACAGUGAACCCAAUAGAUUUUCCUCUUGGCUACCUUUAGAAUAUUAUAGGGAGGAUAAUGUUUUACCUAGAGAAAUCGAUAUCGAUAAGGAGGAGAACGACGAAGAUGAAUUAUGGUUUGUUUUCGAUCAAAAGGAAGAUAAGGCGAAAAAAGCGUUGGAAGAUGAGAAAGCUGAGAAACAGUUGAGGAAAAAAGUAGCGGAUUUGACGUCACAAGUAUCGACUCUCGAUAAAAAGGUUCGGGAUUUGAAAUGCGAAAACGAAUCCUUGAGGAAACUUGCUAAUGAAGUGAAACCAGCUGAGGACAAGAUACAAAAAUUGAGAAAAAGAAACUCCGAACUGGCAGCUAUUUCGAGGAAACUUGAAGAUAAAAGUAAACAUCUACAAAAGCAGAUGAGAUCCAGGGAUGGUGCAUCAUCAACUGCUCAUGAUCCGAAAGACAUGUCGGAAAAAGAGAAGGAAAUAGUGGCUUUGAAGAAAAAACUAUACGAAUUAAAUUCUAUUUUAAGUAACUCUCAACCAAAUUUACAGGUUAGUUAUCUUAUUGAUUUAAAAUGA